UCUGCAGUUGUUGCUGAAGAGCUGUGUCUCUUUCUUCAAUUUUCACAGACCUGAAACUGCAGCAUCACGUUGGACUAGGAUCCGCUUAAUCGCUUCAAAGGUUGGAAAAGGUUUAAGUAAAGAUGCCAAGGCACAAAAACUAGCCUUCCAACAUUGGAUUGAAGCUAUUGAUCCAAGACAUCGAUAUGGUCAUAAUUUGAACUUGUACUACGAAGAGUGGUGUAAAAGGGACACAGUGCAGCCAUUUUUCUACUGGUUAGACAUUGGAGAAGGCAAAGAGGUUAAUCUCAAGGAUUGCCCAAGAUCAAGGCUACAGCAAGAAUGCAUUAAAUAUCUUGGACCGCAAGAGAGGAAACAGUACCAGUAUAUCAUUGUUGGAGGAAAAUUUGUGCACAAACAAACUGGAAACCUUCUCAACACAAAUCAUGGAUUGCGCGGUUCAAAAUGGAUAUUUGUGAUGAGUGCCUCCAAAACAAUUUAUGCUGGUGAGAAACAAAAGGGAUUAUUCCAUCAUUCCAGCUUCCUAGCUGGAGCGGCCACUUUGGCAGCAGCAAGACUGAUGCCACAAGAUGGAAAGCUCAAGUCUGUAUCAGCAUACAGUGGACAUUACCGCCCGACAAAUGAGAACCUUGGCUGCUUCUUGGCCUUCCUAAAGGAGAAUGAAAUCAAUGUUGAUGAAGUCAAGGUAUUUUCACCUAGUGAAGAUAAUGAGAGCAGUGAUACCAGCAAAUAUGGAGAUUUGAUAGGUCCUGAAGCACCCAAACCACAAGUUUCUAGUGCAGUUGACAAAAAACAAACCUUUAAGUCAAAUGCAUAUGCUCGAACUGGGAGAACAAUAAGUUACAAAAGAACCUUAUCCAGCAAUCUGCAGAACCCAAGGACAAGUGUGCAAAAGAAGGAGAUCUUGCAGAGGAUUCAAAGCAAAAAGGAAGCGAGUUCAUACCAAUUAGGGAACCAACUAUCUUUGAAAUGGUCAACAGGAGCAGGACCAAGAAUCGGGUGUGUUGCUAAUUACCCUCAGAAUUUAAGAGCACAAGCUCUGGAAUAUGUUAACCUCUCACCCAGGGAUGCUGCAACACAACAAACCUCUGAAAUUCCUGCUGAUCACAAAUCCUUAGCAAAGUUAUGCGUUAUAAUGUGACCUCAUGUUUAGGAGUCAUCUAUACUUCUAACUUGUUCCUCUACUUUGUAUGUCAAAUAUAUAUAUCAGCUACAAUGAAUUCAUGUGGCAUAUUUUCUCACAUGUAACGGACCAUUUAAGUGAAAUGCAUUGUCACCAAAUAU